UUUUUGCUAUAGAUGCAUAUGUUAAACUCUGGUUGAUAGUGUGGUUAUCUCAACCCGCACAUUUGCUCUCUCUCUCUCUAAAAAUUCAUCAGAUUGCAUCUCAUGCAAAGCAGAUAUCUCCAAAUCUCUCUCUCUCUCUAAACGCCAAAACCUAGAAAACCAGCCCCUUUUGGUUUCUACCCCUUCCAUUGCCCACCACCUCCAAACGCUUCAUCCUCCCCAAACAAACCCUAACUAGGACAAACCCCAGCGCUCCCUCAACCUCCAUUAGAGAGAAAGCCCCAACUCAGAAAAUCCCGAAAUGGCAGCCCAAACCGUGGUCUCAAACAUGUAUGAGACCGCAUCCCAACCCGACACCGGUGACGCCUACACCUUCCUUGAAUUCAACACACAGGGGGAUGAUUUCGAUUAUCCCGACUUCAGAGAGGUGAACCAAGCUUCUUCUUCUUCAUCCUCAAUUAGGGUUUGGAACCCGGACACUUCUGUUGGCGAACCCACCAUGGACCUACCAGGCGAGCCAGGUUCUGGCAAGGCUCGUACCACUGAUGCCCUAGUUUCAGGAAUGGCGGCUUUGAGCUUUGAGGAAGGGCCGGUGGGCGAGGAUGAUAAUUUUGAAUUUGGGAAGACCGGGGGUGACUUUGCCACCGAGCAUGCUUGCAGGUACUGUGGAGUGUCGAACCCUGCAUGUGUGGUCAGGUGCAACGUUGCGUCAUGUAGGAAGUGGUUCUGCAAUUCCAGGGGCAACACGUCAGGGUCGCAUAUUGUUAAUCACCUGGUUCGGGCAAAACACAAAGAAGUUUGUCUUCACAAAGACAGCCCUUUGGGGGAGACCAUCCUCGAAUGCUAUAAUUGUGGCUGUCGUAAUGUGUUUCUACUUGGAUUUAUAUCUGCAAAGACAGAGAGUGUUGUGGUGCUUUUGUGCCGGGAGCCUUGUUUAAGUGUCAAUGCACUUAAAGAUAUGAAUUGGGACCUGAGUCAGUGGUGCCCCCUCAUUGAUGAUAGAUGUUUCCUUCAAUGGCUUGUUAAGAUUCCAUCAGAGCAAGAGCAAUUGAGAGCGCGCCAAAUUAGUGCCCAGCAAAUCAAUAAGGUUGAAGAGCUCUGGAAAACAAACCCUGAUGCUUCUCUUGAAGAUCUUGAGAAGCCUGGUGUGGACGAUGAACCUCAGCCUGUGGUCCUCAAGUAUGAAGAUGCUUACCAGUAUCAAAAUGUAUUUGCUCCCCUUGUGAAGUUAGAGGCAGAUUAUGAUAAGAUGAUGAAAGAGUCUCAAAGUAAAGAUAAUGUUACAAUACGCUGGGAUAUUGGUCUAAACAAGAAACGCAUUGCGUAUUUCGUUUUUCCAAAGGAGGAUAAUGAAUUACGCCUCGUCCCUGGUGAUGAGUUGAGAUUGCGCUAUUCUGGGGAUGCUGCUCAUCCAGCAUGGCAGUCUGUUGGUCAUGUGAUAAAAUUGACCGCACAGGAGGAGGUUGCGCUUGAGCUGCGAGCCAGCCAGGGUGUUCCUGUAGAUGUCAAUCAUGGUUUUAGUGUAGAUUUUGUUUGGAAAAGUACCAGCUUUGAUCGUAUGCAAGGAGCAAUGAAGACUUUUGCCGUUGAUGAAACCAGUGUCAGCGGCUACAUAUACCAUCACUUGUUGGGCCAUGAAGUUGAGGUUCAGGUGGUUCGUAAUUCAUUACCUCGUCGCUUUGGUGCGCCUGGUCUACCAGAGCUUAAUGCAUCUCAAGUUUUUGCAGUGAAGAGUGUUCUCCAAAAGCCGGUUAGUUUGAUUCAGGGUCCGCCUGGUACAGGAAAGACUGUCACGUCUGCAGCUAUAGUGUAUCAUAUGGCAAAGCAAGGACAGGGACAGGUCUUAGUUUGUGCUCCAAGUAAUGUGGCUGUUGAUCAGCUUGCAGAAAAGAUAAGUGCCACCGGGUUAAAGGUUGUCAGGCUCUGUGCUAAGUCAAGGGAAGCAGUGAGUUCCCCUGUCGAGCAUUUGACACUGCACUAUCAGGUCCGGCACCUUGAUACAUCAGAAAAAAGUGAACUUCACAAGCUCCAACAGCUGAAAGAUGAACAAGGUGAGCUUUCAAGCGGUGAUGAGAAGAAGUACAAGGCUCUGAAAAGGGCAACUGAAAGGGAGAUUUCUCAGAGUGCUGAUGUCAUUUGUUGCACUUGUGUUGGUGCUGGUGAUCCUCGUCUGGCGAAUUUUAGAUUCAGACAGGUCCUUAUUGAUGAGUCCACCCAGGCAACUGAGCCGGAAUGUCUCAUUCCUUUGGUUCUCGGAGUGAAGCAGGUUGUCCUUGUUGGGGACCACUGCCAACUUGGUCCAGUCAUUAUGUGUAAGAAAGCGGCUCGAGCUGGUCUUGCCCAAUCUCUCUUUGAGCGUCUUGUCCUUCUUGGAGUGAAGCCCUUUAGGUUGCAGGUUCAAUAUCGUAUGCACCCUUCCCUCUCAGAAUUUCCUUCGAACAGCUUUUAUGAAGGCACACUGCAGAAUGGAGUGACCAUCAAUGAGAGGCAAUCAUCUGGGAUAGAUUUUCCUUGGCCAGUUCCAAACCGUCCCAUGUUCUUCUAUGUCCAGAUGGGACAAGAAGAGAUAAGUGCAAGUGGCACAUCCUAUUUAAAUAGAACAGAGGCUGCCAAUGUGGAAAAAAUAGUUAGCACUUUCUUGAAGUGUGGUGUCACUCCUAAUCAGAUUGGUGUUAUCACACCAUACGAAGGACAACGUGCUUAUAUUGUGAAUUAUAUGUCAAGAAAUGGGGCUCUUAGACAGCAGCUUUAUAAAGAAAUUGAGGUUGCUAGUGUUGAUUCCUUCCAGGGAAGGGAGAAAGAUUAUAUUAUUUUGUCUUGUGUGAGGAGUAAUGAGCAUCAGGGCAUUGGAUUUCUGAAUGAUCCACGUAGGCUAAAUGUUGCACUAACUCGUGCUCGCUAUGGUAUUGUCAUUCUUGGGAAUCCCAAAGUUUUAAGCAAACAACCGCUUUGGAACAGCUUAUUGACACAUUACAAGGAGCAUGAAUGCUUGGUAGAAGGUCCUCUGAAUAACUUGAAACAAAGUAUGGUUCAGUUUCAAAAGCCAAAAAAGAUCUACAGUGACCGCAGACUUUUCUUUACCAGUGGAGCCCCAGUUGUCCCUGGUGACAACUUUGGGUCUGUUGGGACCUCAAGCCCCAAUGCUGAUAAAAGAGGCGGCCGUGCUAAGGUUCAUUCUUAUAUGCCAUUUGGGCCACCGAAUGGCAACCACAAACCUGUUGUCCACCCUGCAGGCUUUCCUGUGCCUCGAAUUCCUCUCCCACCAUUCCCUGGUGGACCCCACACUCAGCCAUAUGCCAUUCCGACUCGUGGGGCUGUGCAUGGUCCUAUUGGUGCUGUUCCUCAGGUUCCUCAGGCUGGGAGCAGAGGCUUUGGUGCAGGUCGUGGCAAUGCUGGUGGCCCUAUUGGUGGCCACCUUCCUCAUCAGCAGGCUUCUCAACAACCAUUGGGAACCAUCAGUUCGGCUUUCAAUUUCCCUACUGGUUUGGACAAUCCUAACAGUCAACCAUCUGUUGGUGGCCCCCUUUCUCAAACUGGAAUUAUGAGUCAGAUGCCAGUACAAGGAUUGAGCCAGAAUUUCCGUGAGGGAUUUUCACUUGGUGGGAUGUCUCAGGAUUUUCUUGGUGAUGACUUCAAGAGCCAGGGAUCACACGUUGCAUACAAUGUUGCAGAUUUCUCCACUCAGGCUUCUCAAAGUGGCUAUGGAAUGGAGUACGUCACCCAAGGAACACAAGCUGGUUUCCCGGGGAGUUUUAUGAAUCAGAACUCUCAAGCUGGAUACUCCCAUUUGGGAACUGGAAGUGAUUUCAUAUCUCAGGACUACAUGCCUCAUGGGACUCAAGGCCUCUUCACUCAAGUGGGCUUCAAUGACCCAUCACAAGACGAUUCUUCACAGACGCAUUUUGGCAUGGCUGGUCCAGGUCCCCUCCAGUCACAGGGGGUGAUGAAUCCUCUAUAUUCUCAGCCUUUCACACAGUACAACACCCAGCCAUUAAACAUGCAGGCCCCUCAGCAACAGAACCAGAGCACUCAAAACCAGAAGCUCCACUAUAAUGGUUGAUGUGUCAAGCCGAGGGCAUUAACACGAGAAAGGGUUAUACUCCAUUUCUGCAUCUGAACUGUGCUGGCAUUGUUUCUCUAUCACAAUAGCUCACAUUCAUGUGCGGGGGUAUGGAAUGAUAAUUGUUUUGCAGCCUUAAGGGCAAUUGGUGGGCAGGGCAGGCCCUGGUCUCAAGAACGCAAGCAUGGACGGAACAGCUAAGAUCCUGGUUAAAGGAUGAUGACCCCCAUUUUUACCUCUGCUUCUUUCGAGUUCUCAUAUUCGUUUCGAGAUGAUUAAUAGACAUCCGAGACAAGAAGAGCAUGUAAAAGAUGUGGAAGUUGGUGCAGUGAGGAGGAAGCCUACCCAACAAUUAUAGCAUACCCCAAGUAGGACUACCGUGGUGUACAGUUUCCUCUGUCUCAUGUGAGGACACUUUGGGAUGUAAAGAUGUAAGUGGGUCUCUGUCUUUUCUGCUGGUCCCCUUACUUUAAAAAGUCUAUUUUUGUGAAAGAUGGCUGUUUGCUGCUCUUGUGAGUUGUGACCACUAACUUAUAUACGCAAAGUAUCAACUUGUUUGGAAUGGAGGUGUGUUUGAAAUUGCCA